UGGAGAGAGAGAGGGGUUUGUAAUGCAUCCCAUUCAAUAUGUUCUAUUCAACAAAGAGAUUUGUUAUGUACUCAGCAUUAAAAAGAAAAAAAAAGUUCGUAAUAUGCUAUAUACAACCGAGAGAGAGAGUGAUAUUUGUAAUAUGUGUCAGACAAUUCCAAAACUGAAGGCUUGAGAGAUGUGUUUGUAAUGGAAUUCCGAUAAUUCCAAAACUGAAGGCUUGAGAGUUGUGUUUGUAACGUGAUCCCGAUAAUUCCAAAAUUGGAAGCUAUUUCUUAUCGCUCUUCUACUUCCAUUGCUCCGUACUCCUAAAAGUCGCUUUGCUCAAAAAGUUCAAACCAAAGCCAACCCAAUGAGACCAAAUUCCUCGAUACCAUGCUGCCAAAAAAUCAGUUGCGGAAAACCAAAAAAACAAUCACCCGUUGCUCGCUGUCCAACUGGGUUUUGCUCAAUAACCAUCAAAUAAUAACGGGUUAUCAUUCUCUCUCUACUGAGUUGAGAGAGAAUGAUGAUAAUUAUACCAAAUCCCAACUGGUUUCUGAUCAAAACCCACAACCAGAUAUCUCUUUUAUGAACAAUUUCCACCUCUCUUCUAUUUUGAAAUAUUGUAGUACUUUCUCGGACCAAAUUCUUGGAAAAAAGAUUCAUUGUUAUAGCAUAAAAUCUGGUUGUGAAGCUGAUGUUAGUGUGGGAACUGCACUUCUGGACAUGUAUAUGAAAUGCAAAUAUGUAAUAGAUGCACAAAAAGUGUUCGAUAAGAUGCCUGAGAGAAAUGUGGUUUCCUGGACUUCAUUGUUUACUGGUUAUAUAUUGAAUGGGUUUGCUGAUCUUGUUAUUGAUGGUUUCUCAGAGAUGAAGAGAGAUGAUGUGAAGCCAAAUCCUUUCACUUUUGCCAGUGUUCUCUCUGCUUCUGCAACUCUUUGCGCAAUUGCGAACGGGAUUUAUGUGCAUUGUUUGGUAAUAAAACUUGGUUUUGAUUCAAUUGUAUUUGUUGGCAAUUCUCUUAUAAAUAUGUAUUCCAAAGGCGGGAUGGUUUUAGAGGCUCGAGCUGUCUUCGAAGGCCUUUUGACUAGAGAUGAAGUUUCAUGGAAUGCUAUGGUGGCUGGGUAUGUGCACAAUGGGUUUGAGAGAGAGAGUCUCGAGCUUUUUCUCCUUAUGAGAGAUGCAGGUACAAAGCUUACACAUCUUAGUUUUCCUACUUUGCUAAAAGUUUGUGCGAGUCUUAGAGAAUUGAGCUUAGCUAGGCAGCUUCAUUCAUGUAUUAUAAGAAGUGGAUUUGUAUCAGAUUUUAGCGUGAGAAGAGCAAUCAUGGUGGCUUAUGGAAAGUGUAGAGAGAUGGAUGACUCCUGCAAGAUGUUUAUGACCAUGUCUGAUUUCCAAAAUGUGGUGUCAUGGACUGCCAUGAUCACUGGUUAUUUGCAAAAUGAUGGGAUUGAGCAAGCUAUAGACCUAUUUCUUAGAGUGAGAAAGGAAGGUAGAAUUAGGCCAAAUGACUACACUUUCUCUACUAUUCUUACUGCUUCUCCUUCUCUAUCACCCUUCCAAAUCCAUGCCCAAGUAAUAAAAACUGGUUAUUUGACAUAUCCAACUGUUGGAACUGCUCUUCUCACUGCCUAUGUCAAUCUUGGGAACACUCAAGAUGCAUCCAUGGUUUUCAGAGAGAUAGAAGAGAGAGAUACAGUUUCUUGGUCUGCAAUGCUUGCUGGCUAUGCCCAAGCAGAGGACCCUGAAAGUGGAAUGAAACUGUACCAAGAAAUGAGGAGAGAUAAUGGAAAACCCAAUGAAUUCACAUUCUCUAGUGUUCUUGAUGCUUGUUCUAGCCCUUCAGCUUCAGCUGAACAGGGAAAACAGUUCCAUUGCAGCUUGAUAAAGCAUGGAUUCGAGAGCGCUCUCUGUGUUAGCACCGCUCUUGUAUCAAUGUACUCCAGGCGUGGAAGCAUAGAGAGUGCACAAAAGGUUUUUGAAUCUCAAUUAGAGAGAGAAAGAGACCUAGUUUCAUGGAAUUCAAUGAUUGCAGGCUUUGCUCAACACGGGUAUGGCCAUAAAGCUUUGACGAUCUUUGAGAGCAUGCUUGAAAAAGGCCUAAAAGUAGACGGCUUCACGUUAAUGGGAGUUCUCUUGGCUUGUACUCAUGCUGGACUAUUAGACAAAGGCUCCAAAUACUUCAAUUCCAUGACAAUGGAGCAUGGUAUAAGCCCAAGUAUGGAGCAUUAUGCAUGCAUGGUUGAUCUUUAUAGUAGAGCAGGCAAGCUAGGAGAAGCCAUGGAUCUCAUAAACAAGAUGCCAUAUGAAGCUGGACCAACAAUUUGGAGAAUACUAUUGGGUUCUUGUAGACUUCAUCAAAACUUAGAUAUGGGAAAGCUUGCAGCUGAGAAGUUAAUGGCUCUUAAGCCUCAAGACUCAGCUGCUUAUGUUCUUCUCUCUAACAUGUAUGCAUCUGCUGGAAACUGGGUUGAAAGAUCCAAGAUUAGAAAGUUAAUGGAAGAGAGAGGAAUUAAGAAAGAAGCUGGGUAUAGUUGGAUUGAGGUGAAGAAUAAGGUACAUUCAUUCAUGGCCAGUGAUAGAUCUCACCCUUUAUCAGAACAAAUUUAUUUGAAGCUCGAGGAAUUGGGAUCUCUUUUGAAGCUUGCAGGCUAUAGGCCGGAUACGAAUUUUGUGCUUUAUGAUGUAGAGGAGGAGCAGAAGGAGCAUAUUCUCUCUUUACAUAGUGAGAGGUUGGCCUUGGCAUUUGGUUUGAUCAGCACCCCACAUGGGAUGCCUUUGCAGAUUGUAAAGAACCUCCGGGUUUGUGGGGACUGCCAUACGGUUCUCAAGCUUUUGUCUGAGAUUUUAGAGAGAGAAAUUGUGGUGAGAGAUUCAAAUCGGUUCCACCACUUCAAAGGUGGUUCUUGCUCCUGUGGAGAUUACUGGUGAUAUUGCUCUGACUGUUUGGAAGAAAUAAGAUGGAGAUUGAGUAAACAGGGUAAAGAUCCUUGAAAGAGUGUUGAGAGAGACACUUGGAAGAAACAAGUGACAGAUUUGAGGAAACAGGAGAGAGAGAGAGAGAGAGAGAGAGAGAGAGAGAGAGAG